AUGGCCACCUCAAUCCUCCGUGUUGUAUCAUUCUUGUUAAUCAUCUCAUCAGUACUCUGUUUCACACCCUGUCCACUCCUCGGCCCAGCAUUCCCCCCGUUUACCCUAAACACAACCGACAAAAGGAUCACAGCAGCCCUAACGAAGCUCACCCAGGAGUUUGACACCUUAAUCAAUACCACAACAGGCUCACACGGGGACAUUUCGCCAAAUACAACAUUCAGUAUUACCCUAUUCUCGUCCGACAAUGGGAACGCCGAAGACGAGCCUUUCUUCUGGCAAUAUCACCACACAUCACAUGCACUGAGCCAGCCAACAGUUGGGUCUCAGACUGCAGAUUACGAUAGCAUCUAUCGUAUUGGUGGUCUUACGGAGAUAUUCACUGUGUGGAGUCUUCUCCUUGCAGAAGAUGGAGGUCGGAUCGUGAAUGAUCCUGUUACGAAGUAUCUCCCAGAACUGCUUGAUGGUACAGGUAAUCAAGAUGCCAUUGAGUAUGUCCAAUGGGAAGAUGUUACUGUUGGCCAAAUUGCUAGUCAUAUGUCAGGCAUUGCUCGAGACUAUUGCCCGAGUGAUGUGGCUAUACACACAAGCCCUCUAGAUUUGGGAUUUCCUCCGCAUCAGGCCAUUCACAAGCCUUGCUGUAGUGAUGACACCAAGUGUAAUAGCAGCGACUUCAUCCGAUACAUAGCCGAUGAAACACCCGCGGCCCAAGCAGGGGUAACACCCAGCUAUUCCAACUUGGCAUUCCAACUGUUAGGCUACAUAGUAGAAAGACAAACAGGAAAGCCAUUCAGCGAGAUCCUCCUGCAACAAAUUCUAACACCACUCAACAUGACGGAAACCACCAUCUUCGCGCCCAGCAGUUCAUCAAAAGGGAUCAUACCAGUAAGUAAAGAAGCCAGUAGCUGGUCAGCCCACCACACCAGCAACGAAGCAUCCAAAUCCCUCUUCAGCAGCCCAAGAGACCUAUCAAAAGCCGGAAAAGCAAUCCUAUCAUCAAGCCUCCUCCCAAACCCCCAGACAAACACCUGGCUAAAACCAGUUUCACACACCUCAAACCCAGCAAACUCCCUCGGCGCCCCGUGGAUAAUCUACAGCGCGGGAAACUACCCCAACACAUCAAUGGUAGAUAUCUACACCGUCCUCAGCAACGAAAGUCCCAGCGAAAGCCUUUACAGCUCUUACCUGGGUCUCGUGCCCAGUUUUGGGGUUGGGUUUACGAUUUUAUCGGCUGAUACAGUAAAAUCAGCUGAUCUGAAUGCUCACGCGGAUCUUAUUGGUGAUGUUGUAUUGGGGGCUUUGAUGGGUGUUGCUGCUGAGCAGGCUUUGGGUAAUUUCGGUGGUGUUUAUGAGUAUAAGGGGGCUAGUGUUGGUGCAGGGCUCAAUUCUUCGAUUGUGGUUGGGGUUGAUGAAUUGCCUGGAUUGCAUAUCCGGGAGUUUAUCAGUAAUGGCACUGAUUUCAGGGGGACUUUGGCUGGCAUUCUGGGUGUUUCCCUUUCGGCUGAUUUGAGUAUCAGGUUGUAUCCUGUGCAGCUGGUUGAAAGGUUUGGGUCUGGGUCGAGGAUGGCGUUUAAGGCUGUCUUUCAGGAUAUGACUGAGUUGGCGGAUGCUGAAACUCCUACUUGUGUGUCUUGGUUGGACUUGGAUAAGUUGCGGUAUGAGGGUAGGGGGUUGGAUGAGUUUGUAUUUGAGUUGGAUUCCAAGGGGAGGGCUAUUGGUGUUGAGAUUCCUGCUUUGCAGGUCACACUCGAAAUGAGGUAG